AUGGCAACCAGAUUGACAACAAUCGGUGGUGGAGGAGGCAUGCCAUUUGAAUUCCACGGUAUGAAAAACGGUGCCACCCUCAAGAAGAUCGGAGUGGCGGUGGAAGGCUGGCAGGUGAAAGCUGUGCGGGCGGAGCUUACCGAUGGGCGCGUUGCGACCUUUGGAGAAGCGAAAACUUUCACUGAGUUUGAGUUUGACCUCGGCGAGCGCAUCACCAAGCUGUCACUGUGGGGUAACGGCGCCGGCACACGUCUGGGUGCCAUCAAGUUCACGACGAGUAACAAACGAGAGUUCUUUGAAAAAAUGACCAGCUGGGGACUGAAGAAAGAGUACACCAUAGAUGUAGGGUCUGGAAUCUGCCUGGGGCUGCAGGGCAGGUCUGGCUCGGACAUCGACUGCAUGGGCUUCGUCUUCAUCAACGCUGUCAACUCGACCGUGCUGACUGACAUGAAGUAUCCCACCCUGUCCCUCUUCAAACCCCAGGUGACCCCAGAAUAUGUGAAAUCCAUUUCUCACCACAACGACACCUCCUUGGUUCAAGAAGAAUCCAUUACAUACAGCAAAACCGUGACCAAGACUUCCUCCUGGUCCGUCAGCAACAAGAUCGAAUCCACCUUGAAUGUGUCGGUCAAAGCAGGGAUCCCGGAUCUGGUUGAGGUGUCAUCAGGGUUCAGCUUGACCGUGGGAGGGGAGCAUUCCUCCAAACUGGAGAAGUCAGAGUCCAUAACAGAAUCGGAUACCAUCAACGUGAAGAUCCCACCAGGGAAGACCAUGGAUGUUGAGAUCACAGUGGGGAAAGCACAUAUCAACCUCGACUACGAGGCCAUAGUGAAAGUCACCUGCAUGAAUGGCAGUCAGCUGGUCUUCCCAUCCAAAGGCAUCUACACUGGUGUGACUUACACUUCAGCGAGGGUAUCCACAAAGGAGAGAUGAGACAAGUGUAUGACAUCCUGAAUAAUAAGCACAGUGAUACAAUGUGACACAAUUACUAAUUCUUUGUGUGCCUUUUCUGUUAUUAUGAUCUUCUUUUGAGUGAUUCUAAUUGAACCAUGUUGACUCAGCACUUUAUUUCUGUAUCAGCAGAGGGUAUAACAACAGGUGGGUCAUUCCUACAAUCCGGUGCCUUUUGUGUCCAAUGACAUUUUAACACGUUUUGUGUGAAUUAUUGAGCAACAUUCACUACGAAAUGUUUUCUUACAUGCUUAGACCCCAUUUACCAUAAAAAACAAUGUUAUGUAACUGUAAUAAAUUUCAUUUAUAAUAAAGAA